CACUGAUAGGUGGCACUGAUAGACAGCACUGAUAGGUGGCACUGACUGGUAUCACUGCUGGGCACUGACUGGCGGCACUGCUAGGCACUGACUGGCACAACCACUGGGCAGUGACUGGUGGCACUGACUGGCAGCACUGCUGGGCUGCGCUGAUGGGCACUGGUGGGCACAGGUGGGUGGCACUGGUGGGCACAUGUGGGUGGGCAAAGGUGGGUGACACUGCUGGGCACAGGUGGGCAGAACUGGUGGGUGGCACUGCUGGGCACAGGAGGGUGCACUGCUGGGCACAGGUGGGUGGCACUGAUGGGCACAGGUGGGUGGCACUGAUGGGCACAGGUGGGUGGCACUGCUGGGCACAGGUGGGCACACUGCUGGGCACAGGUGGG